UUCACAAUAAUUGAUUCCUCACUCCUCCUCAGUCAUGUCUUUAGCUAAUUUAAAAUGUUUUCCCUUUGUGUUCUUUAUGUUUUUUGUCGCUGUUGUUCUUUCCCUCUUCUUCUAAUUUAUGAUCAGUUUUUUCAACGUGUUUUCUUUUUUUGCUUACUUCGUGUUGCUAAACUCCUACUUCCAGUUGUCGGGUUCUAGUCGUUUGUCUCACGAUGAGUACGAACUGGGGAUCCGUUCUACUAAAGCUCCAAUUGCGUUCUCUCAUGUUUCUUCUGGUGAUUUUGAACUUCGAAUUACGCUAUUCGUUAAAAUAUGAAGGUGUGGAACUGGAGUUCAAAGGAACAAUGGCGAAAUAUAUUUGGUCUAUUAGAGACGCGGCUGCUUUGAGAACAGUUACCUUUCACAGGAAAUUAGUUAACCGUUUCCGUAACGCUUACAGCCACUCAAAUCAUGUGGCAAGUGGUUUACAACCGUCAUCCAGCCCGCAGCAUUCCUAUACUGAUUCUAGUACGGCCCCACAACGGUCAUCCAGCCCGCAUCAUUCCUAUACUGCUUCUAGUAGUGCUCCACAACCGUCAUCCAGCCAGCUGCAUUCCUAUACUAAAUCAGGAAUCUCUUCUAGAGUGAAAAUAGGCUUAAUAGCAGGUGUUAUUAUUCUUAUAUUGCUUGUCUUAGCAUUGUUUCUCCAAAUUCUCCGACAGAGAAAGAGAAAAACAUCAGAUGACAUGAGUAAACAAAACCCCGAGGCCCUUAUUCUACAAAACAACCUCAGAACUCUGAAUCCACAACAAGACGUCAAGGCGCUUAUUCCACUGAAGCAGUAUAGUUACGCAAACGUGAAGAGAAUAACAAAGUCAUUCGCAGAAGUGGUUGGGCAAGGCGGAUUCGGAACUGUUUAUAGAGGAACUCUUUGUGAUGGUCGUAGUGUUGCGGUGAAGAUCUUGAAAAACUCAAAGGGUAACAAUGGUGAAGAUUUCAUCAAUGAAGUUUCAAGCAUGAGCCAAACUUCUCAUGUCAACAUUGUCACCCUGCUUGGAUUCUGCUCUGAAGGUUCCAAGAGAGCAAUUCUUUAUGAAUUUUUGGAAAAUGGGUCUCUUGAUAACUUCAUCUCAAGCAAGAGGUCAUCAAAUAUGGACUGGAAGAAACUAUAUGAGAUCGCAUUAGGCGUUGCUCGUGGUCUAGAGUACUUGCACCACGGAUGCAGAACAAGGAUUGUACAUUUCGACAUAAAACCACAAAAUGUACUCUUAGAUGACAAUCUUUGCCCCAAAGUUUCAGACUUCGGGCUUGCUAAGCUCUGUGAGAGGGAAGAAAGCAUUUUGUCACUGCUAGAAACAAGAGGGACGAUAGGUUACAUUGCACCCGAAGUGUUUUCAAAAGUGUACGGUGGAGUCUCCUACAAGUCAGAUGUAUACAGCUAUGGAAUGCUGGUUCUUGAGAUGAUAGGAGCAAGGACCAAAACAUGGACCGAAGAUACUUCAUCUAGCACAAGCUCAAUGUACUUUCCUGAAUGGAUAUAUAGGGAUCUUGAGAAAGGAGACAAUGGAAGGCUUAUAGAAGAUGGUAUCAACAACGAAGAAGAGGAGAUAGUAAAGAAGAUGACAUUGGUGGGUUUGUGGUGUAUUCAGUCUUGGCCUUCGAGUCGCCCAACCAUGAACAGGGUAGUAGAGAUGAUGGAAGGAAACCUGAAUUCUCUUGAACUCCCUCCUAGGCCUGUCUUGCAAAUCCCAGAGGUUCCUCUUCAAGAAUCUUCUAUGACUUCUGAGGAUAUCUCGGUUUAUGCCGAAGAAAUAAACCUCCUUGAACCUAUUACCGUACCGAGCAGUUAAAAGUUUAUUCUUGAAAUGUAAUAUACUAUCCACAUUCCAUGUCGACCCAUUUUGUCACCAGACUGUUGUCUUUUCUCUCUCUUCUAAACCUAUCAACUCUCAUCUGGGAUUCCUCAUGUUUAUUGAUUUUUUUUUUCUGACUUCUUUAGACAUUUCUAGACACCCCC